CCGUUUUUCUCAAAAUCUUCAAUUCGGGUACUCCUGUUGAUUUGGCGCAACACAUGCGCGGCCACCGCCACGCCGGCCCGCCCACGGGUGCCCCGCCUUCGGCUGCGGCCGCCACCGUUUCGCCGCCACGCCGCUGCACAUGGCUUGCUACGAGCCGCCGCUACACUACACCUCGUGGCACAACGACCACCUCGCGCGCGCCCACCGCGCCAGCCGCGGUGCCCGAUCGGCGCCGGCGGCGAGCAUCUUGUGCGUCUGCAGCGACACAAGCGUGAAGCAGGUGCCGUGGUGACCAUGAGGACAACCCAGAAGAACGUGGUGGCCACGUGGUUUUCCCCUUCGAUUGCUGGACACGGUCAACGGAUUUCGGAGAAGUGCGGGCGCCUCCGAUGUGCCUGUUCGUCGUCGGAGACGCGCGAGUCUCGGAGGAGAGGCUGGCGUGAUUUCUUGAUCAGGAUCGAUGAGUCUCUCUCCGAUCGUGGUGGUCGGGGAAGUUGGCAAGCGGGAGGUGGCCGCGACGCGCUCCAGGUGUUCGACAGAAAGCCUAGCUGGCCCAACUAGACGGAACAGAGGGGCCUGAUCGACACCUUUUGAGCACCUUGAAGCAAGUGGCGCACCGAGCAAUGGCAGAGGCAGCUCGUCGUUGCUGUUGAGGCUGCACGCACGCACGCGCCGGAAGAGGUGCCGCUGGUGGUCGUGGACGUGCUGCUUGCUGCUGCUACUAGUUGGUGCUGCUCUGCUCGAUCGGCAAACAGCAGUGGCCGGUGCCUGCAAUCGUCAUCUCCAGCUUGUCCCUGCACGCAUUGGACUCACAAUUACAAUGUUCCAAGAUGACGUUCCCAAAAUCCAUCAUCAACACCUCACAUUGUUCAAAGACUAGAGCCGCCGACCCGAAUUCAUAUCCCUGGAUUGAAUCGCCAAAGAAGGUUGAACACGUUCGUGAAAGCGUGGAGGAUGAAAUCCGUGGGAGGCGGGACACGAAGCGAGCCAUUCAUGGCUUCUUUGCUUAGCUACACUUGUUGGCUUUUUUUCUCAUUGAUGGACAAUGGAUGGAAGGUCAAUGAGUCCGUCUGGCUCAACGGGACUGGCACUGUGCUCUACUUUGUCUAUCUGAUGAUGUUUCUCUGCUACACGGACGAAGCCCAUCGAUGGAUCACAAUCGAGAGGUGGGUUCCCGGUGCUGUGUUUUACCUGUUUUUCAUAGCAAUCUUUGGAGUUCUGGCCGAGUGGACCUCGGUCGUCAAGGUGAUGUGCACGCUCGCUGGACUGGCCUCCGGGUGCACAUCACUCGUGCUGGCUGUGUCUGUGCUCGAGAGGAAGUUGGAGUCCUUGCCUGAUUGUGUGUCCACGACAGUGAGCCUACUUCACUAUUGCGUGUGGAUCACUCGUGACGCUAUCGACCCAAGAGAUUACUUUGAUAUGGUCCAAAAUGUUUGCGGCUUUGGUUGCUGCUUGGCUUUCCUCGCCCUGCCGUUCCUGCCCUUCUUCUGGACGGGGGAUGGGACGCGGGCCAAGCCAACACUGGCAGAUGAGGACGACCCCAACAGGCCACUUAUCUCUCUGCGUGGCGAACCACCCGCACCGCUGCAUCAGCCGCUGACUGCCGUCAACCCGCAUGCUACUGAGCUCGUCAACCUGCCGGCCACCAAUGUGUUCCAGGAGCCCAGGAGGGCGGGUUCGGCUCCAUCCACACCGAAGAACCAAGUUGAUGAUAGAUACACGCAGGGUGGUUUCGGCUCCAUCCACACCGAAUUAGUAAGUUGAUGAUACGCACAGAUGCUGGCUUCCUUAAUCAUGUGCCAGCAGUGCCAGAUCCAAGAGACAAAUCAAAUUCUGUCUUUUAUGCAAAAGAUUUUUUUUGACAUUCUGUACGGAGUACUGUAUAAUCCAUCUCCAAGAGACAAAUCAAAUUAGGAAACAGUUCUGAGACGCCACAUGUAUGUUUUUUCAAGAAUUUUGCAGAGAUGACGAAA